UGAAGAGAUUGAAACAUGCCGCGUUUUAUGCGGGCCACUCAGCGCACUCGACUGCUGCUCGUCGUCGUCGUGGCGUUCACCGUGCUCUUCAUAUGCGGUGUUGCCGAGGACAACGACCGACGCGCCGCGGUGCGGUCGACGUUGGCAACGGGUGGCGAAGCGAGCGUCGCGGGCGACGCACUCUCCGUCGCAACUGCCGCUGCGGAGGAUUUGCGUCCGUCGGUGACUGAAGUGGUGCACGGCGGUGCUGCGUUGGUGCGCGGUGACUCCUCGGCUUCUGUGGCCGCUAUUGGUAUGGUGCACCAGCAGGAGAGUGUGGAACAGCGGCAGAGUGCCGCUGUCUGGCAGGGCCAGGCCGUCACCGUGGUCGGCUUACUCGGAUUGACCGUCUUUGCGGUCAUCGUGGCCGUAGUCGGACGGAAACUGUACCGAUCUCGCAGGGAACGACGCAAUGGCGUGACUGUUGGACAGCAGGCGUCGUCGUCGGCCCUGGCGUUGAACGGCGCGUCCCGGUCUCGCCUUUUCUCGCGCGACCGGCUCAACACGACCGACUACAUGCACACCCUGGCGACGCUGGACCGGCGGCUGGCCAUGGACGAGAUCCUGGAGAAGCGGCGACGCGCCGUCUUCCUGCAGCAGAUCCGCUGCCACGCGCCGGGAGACGAGGACGACGUCUUCCUCGAGGAAGGACUCUUCUGCCCCGAACCUGCGACCUCGACCAGCAGCAGCAGGCACACGCCUAACAACGUGGACGACACGGCGUCCACCAGUCGCAUGCAGCACGGCGCCACCUCCCUCCUCUAGGGGGCGGGGCCGCUGCGACACAACUCCGCGCGCCGACGUUCCAUGUUUCGUUUCUUUCGAACCAUUUUUAAAAAUCCUUUUGUAAGAAACCGUUGUCAACGUUACAGAAGCGCAUGAGCUGUGCAGUGAAUGUACAUUGGAAACCAUAUGUUGGUUAUCCAUCGCAACAUUUAAGCGCACUAAAGACGUUUUACGCAGUCCUUUGCAAGGACCAAAAGGAACGACACAGAAACACGGCGCUGUUCCCGUGUCGCUUCUUCCUGUGCGUCUUUUGUGCGCUAACCGUUGCUGUGGAUGUACGAUUAAUCACGUCCUCACCCUUAACGCGAACGAGGCUGUCAGGCUUUGCGAAGCGAGCCGUCCCUCCAAGACCCACGUGGGGCCUGUCGUUUUCUGCGAUCUACGUGGCCGACGGUCCCACGGAGUUCUGUAGGCACCGUUCGUCGCAGCACGGAAAGUAGAGAUAUGUGCCCGCGAAAGACGCCUCGUUCGGGUCAAGGGUCAGGUCGACUGUCGCAUGGGUCCAGAGCACAACUUACGCUGAAUAUUUCGACCGAAAGGCACUUGGAAUGGCGUGUUGAUGGAGUGUUUUGUCAAACUAAACUAAACGUAACACUCUCGUCUUCGUCAUCGCUUCAGAAUUGUUUCGUCGGUAAUAAUCCAGCCUCAUAGCGACGCGACUACGUUGUCCUUGCGGCCUUUUGUUGACUGCGUGGCGGGAUCUGUUCUCCACGCCUUUCACCAGCCUAGAGCGGCACCGUCUGCGGGGUGACACUGCGGUCACAACUGAACACUGUAAACGAUUCCAUACUAGAUCUAAUGCUUAACUGUGGCUAUGUUACCUGCCGCAAACUUGUCAGUGGAAGUGUCAACACGCUUGCAUUCACUUGACUAGCGUAGUGGUUGUGUUCUGGAUCAGCGUAGUUUGUUACAGAAGCACAAAAACAGCCCGAGGUCGGUCUCUUCGAUUUUGGCGGAUGGCGUGAGCUGUGUAAGCUCCCUCAAGGGGAGAGUGCGCAGUGUGUUUAGCCAGGAACUGUGUAAAGAUGCGUGUUUGUGACUUUGUCUUGUUAUCGAGCGCUGGUGAAGGGAUUGUGCGAAGACGUAAGGAGGUCGUAACGCUCGUUCCAUGAAGCGCUCGGCAUUAAGCGGUCAGCAGCCGCAGUGUGUCACGACGUCGUAUGCUAACGCUACAAACUGCGAUGACCGAUACACACGAUGACCGCGGAGUCGAAGGGACCGGUAAGCGCUGUAGAUUACCAAGCAGAGGCAUUGGAAGACGCAUUGUGAGUACAUAGGUCAGCUCGGAACGAUCACGUGGCCAACUAUGGCGAGUCUGUUGGAGGCGUGCAGAGCGUUCCGAGCCGAUCGCUGUACUUGAAUAAACGCCUUAUUCCAUGUCCUCCUGCGCAUUUUUUUUUUCUUUCACAUCGACGUUUACAAAGGACAGAAUUGUACAAAACUUGGUAUAAGUACGGUGAAGUCGCCGAAUCUCCGCGUAAUGCUGCGAACCCGUUCUUCGCACCACAUUUUUUUUCUUUUGUCAGCGUACACACGUUGUUGAACAAUUAGAGUGCUAUCAUCAAUCUUUAAUGCGAGAUGCUACGGAUAAUCGGGCGCCACUGCAUCUACCGCGAGCCAUCGAUCGCUUUCCAAGCUCACCGUUGCUUUCCGCAAAAGACAUCUACAGCUAACGAUGUUAACGUUACGAUCGCGGUACAAGAAACGAAACCCUAGUGAAAACCGUAAUACCGACAAUGCGAAAGGUUUGCUUGCACACUGUCCAUGCUUCGACCGACAACCUUUUUUUUUUUUUUCGCCCUUGUGAAAUGAUAGGCAAUGCGGAUGUAUCCUGGAUGAAUACCGGCCGACAGGGUAGAAACGGUUCUUGAUGUACGUAAGCCAACGCGAGAACUCAAAAUUUUAGUGCUUAUUUUUACGGGAUGAAAGUGGGGAGUUGUAAAAUUGUAAAAUUUCUGUCUGGCGUGCCGAACGGCAGUGCUGUCUUCCCACGCACCUUGUAACCCCCCCCCCCCCUCGCACACACACACACACACACAUGAUAUACCGACGUACCAACGUUUCCUUGCGGGCGCUUUAAUAGCCAAAUGAACGCUCAUACCCUUGCGUAUUGUUCGAUGUACGUCAUGUUUAGCGCCGAACCAGUAAGUUAAGUCUUCUUCAGCCACGCACCAAUCCUUCAAAGAGCGCGCCGCUCACGGACCGACUCGUCAGGUCGCGCCAUCUGGUGAAGGAGAGUCGAGUAACCGCCGCCUUUCCACAAAUUUGAAUUUGUUUCUUGCAAUCAGAAGAGAUGAGAUAACUCUGACGCUGCUUGUCGCGUUAAAGCUACUGUUGUUUAGUUUAUUACCUGGGACGUGCACCUGUCGUCUUUAGCGUCGUUGCUUAGCUUUGUGUUUCGUCACUGAAGAUAGCGGUAGCCUUGAAGAGGCAUCUAUCUAUCUAUGCGAGGUUCCACACCACAGAUGGCUUUUCUUUUCUUCGCUCGCUAGGCAUUUACCUUUGACCCGUGCACAAUGACUGCACCUGAAUUCAGACCAGUCUUGUUCCGUGAUCUUGACAUACGUGCAGUACACUGAUUUACUGCCUAUGCCGUCCGAAUGUUUUGCAGAUCGGAUAGGACUCUUCCACGUAGAGCGCCUUGCACAGUGAACCUUUUUUUGGUCUCGCUGUCUUAGCGUAGGCAUGCGACUGGCUUCCUUCCCAUAGUCACACACACACAUACAUCGUAUAAUGUAUGUCGGUUUUACAAGUUAAACCGGAUACUGAUAUGCUCAUUCGGGCCAUGUGCCAAAAUUGUCAACGGCGUGACAGUAACCAAUAAACACCGGCCUGCUUGCGUGGUUCUAAGUAGGUUGGGGGGUUAGACUACUCGAAAGUGCCUGAUCGUUGUCACGGUGCUUUCAGGAAGGAGUGAAAGCUGAAAUGGGUCGUGUGUUCAUGAUUGAUAUUCACCCGUGAGGUCAACAUUUUCGCCGGCCUUGCUGCGCGGGCAGUCGGCAUCUCUUCUUAGUUUGUAAAGUACGAAUAGUGCAUUUUUUUUCUGUUUUUGCAUCCGCAAAGAGACCUAAAACGUAAAUUGUACAAUGUGAAGCCUUAUAGAGUUAUGUUAUCUGGAAGUGUUGUAGGAGUUUUGUUAGGCGUGAACACAUCAGAUUCUGUGGCAACGUUAAACAGCUAUUUUGGACAUGUCAUGAAUUUAGUUUGAAGCAUACAUCCGUAGACGCGUCGACCUUUUAUGCCUGAAGUGUUACUACAAAUUGGCGAUGCAUGCCGUUCUGUCGGGUAUUGACGCACCAAUUUGUUGUAACGCUGAUCAUGUGUACUAUGGACCAUAAACAAAAUGUUCACAAUUGACUCGGAAGACGGCUGUUUCUUUUUGACGGCAGCUACAGAGAACUCAGUUUCCUCCAUCGCUUAUUGUUGUUAUUAUUUUUACUACUUUCUAUUAGGAUUCUGUACUUGACCGCCUCCGGUGUUUCUGCAGUUGCCAAGUUUGUGAUUGGCACGUUUAGUAAAGGUGUACAUUUUUUCGAUCUUUCUUGAAUGCGCAGUAAAACACACUUGUCACGCAUGAAAACGUGAAAGGAAGGAAAUGUAGCGAAAACGGCUCUACUUAUUGACCGUCGAUGUAAAUUUGCAAAUGUGUUUGCGUGUGUCUCGCUCAUGAGCGUCUGGCCAAUUUUUUUCUACACUGCAAUCAUUGACUGAGAGACACCGCAGCAACGCCAAUGCGAAGAAAUGCUUUAAAAAACUUAAGUCGUUGUUGCCACACUGUCGUGGCCCAAACAUGAAAUGUGUGGAAGACUCUGACGAGUGCUGUGUGCGACGAAAUCGCGCUGCGCUCAGCAUUGUCUAUGCGCGGUCUGCCAAUCAGAUGGAAUCUAUUUUUGGUAAAUAAAACGUGAGAAAA